AAACGGUUAUAAGCCAGUUGAAAAGCGCCGCGUGUAAAACGAACUGACGACGACCGUUCACAGGUCACAUUCAUCUCGUUCCCAAAUUCAGCAGGCCACAAAAUCAAACGCCAAACGAUUCCUCUACCUUCUAGUUCUUCUCCUCCUCCAUCCGUCGCCGCCGCCGGUUUCGCCAUUGAUGUAGCCUCGAUCGAGUCGCUUCUUACCGCACUCUAGUUUGUCACUAUCUGCUGUUCGGGAAUUUUUCGUAAACAUCUCCCUUGCUUCCUUACCUUCCUUCCACGCCGGGGACAUGGCGGCCUCAUCGGAGAUCAGCGACGGGGACGACGCGGUGGAGCUGAUCGUCUGCGACGUCCCGUCAUCAUCUUCUGUCGGCUCUAACGGUGACGCUGCCGACUCUGUAUCGGAGGAAAUUACUCCUUUGUUGAAGCAGCCGGCGGAGAAGCCCAAGAUCAAUAUCUUCUCCAUCUCUUACCCCCGCCGAAAACCUAGGGAUCAUGUUAUCAGAGUACCUGAAUCCGAGGCUCAAGUAUCACAACUGAUUUUGUGGCUGUGGGGUGGAUCCAGAUACUCGGGCAUGCUGUGUGUCGCUUUAUCGUCAUUCAUCUACUUUUCUAUGGAGGUUGUUUCUGAUGUCUUUGCUGCUCAGUCGAUUCCUUUAUUCGAGACUGCAUUUGCUAGGUGCACAAUACUAUUGGUUCUGUCAUAUUUGUGGUUGAGGAGAACUGGACAACCUAUGUUUGGACCACCACUUUCCAGGAAACUCUUGAUUUUAAGAGCCCUGAUGGGGUAUUUGUCACUAUCGAGCUUUAUCUACUGGUGAGCUUCACCUUCAUGUGGUUACUUCUGAAGUUCAUAUAAACAUUUUAGUGGUUGUCCUUUCUAGUGGUAGUUUAUGACUGAAUAUCAGCAACUUUUCUCUUUCAGUGUUCAACGGUUGCCUCUAUCUCAAGCCAUAGUAUUAAGUUUCACAACUCCCAUAAUGGCUUCCAUUGCAGCAAGAAUUGCAUUUCUUGAGAAGUUGAAAAUUGCUGAUAUUGCAGGUCUGGCUUGCAACUUCUUUGGAGUGCUCUUUAUUUUCAGACAGAGCUUCACUGCACAAGGUGAGCUAGUUAGAGCCGGUUCAGCAAGUGCUGCCAAUUUGAAGGGAAUGCAUUAUGUAUAUGCAAUAAUAGCUGGUCUUUUCUCAUCCGUUACUGGUGGAAUCAGCUACUGCCUCAUAAAAGCUGGAUCUAAGGCCUGCGAUCAGCCAGUGACCACUGUGUUUUCAUUUGGUAUUCUGGCCUCCCCUGCGGCCCUAGUCUGUAUGUUCAUUUUUGAGGAAUUUGUUUUGCCAGAGCUGCGUUCCCUCUUCCUUAUGCUUCUUCUUGGUGGUCUCGCCUUCUUAGCUGAGGUGUUUUUAGCCCGCGGCCUACAGCUUGAGCAAACUAGCAAAGCUGCAAACUUUCAAUACACUGAGGCUGCAUUCACAGAGCUCUGGGGGAUUGCUUCAUCGACAAUACUUCCCUCUUUUGGCGGACUCAUUGGGUGUUUACUCAUAUUAGCUUCAACUGGAUGUACCAUAUACAUUGGCCCUGAUAAAGACAUGGAAUGAAUGAAUGAAUGAUGACGACGAUGAUGAUUGCUGAGAAACUUCAACAGUUUAAUUUUUCGUUCUUCCUGAAUUCAUGCACCCAAUUUGUAGCCGGUCAUAAGUUUUGAUUUGCAACUUCCAAGGUUUAUUCGAUUCUCAUUUUUUUUCUCAACGUCUCGAAAUUUAUGUUAAAAGCUCUUGAAAUACAAGUAUACUGUGUCUGUGGACCCGUCAAGAUUCAUGAAGUUUAAACAAGCUG